UGUCAAAGUAAUAAUUAUAUCUUUGAAACUGAUUUAAAUGAUAAUGAAUCAUUAGCAAGCACCUCUACUAGUGAAUUAUAUAAGAGAUUGUUUAAAAAGACAGAUGAAGGUGUUUCAGAAAGUGGUAUUAAUGGAGUCAUGUCUUAUAUCACGCCCGAAAGUAGUAUUAAUAGAGUCAUGUCUUAUAUUACUCCUGAAAAUUCGUUAGAUCAAGA